UUGCUUCUGUUUUAUUGAUUAUAUCGCAUUCAACUUAACCGUCAUCACUUAACCAGGAUAGACAGUUCCAUUGCAUUUGAAUUUGGUUACCUAAGCAACCUUUACUCCCUUUACUUGUAAGUUUUCAAAUAAAGGCUUGUAUCAAUGUAAAGUUUGUUUUUUCAUUUUCUAUCCCUUUAAUUUUAUUUUAACAAUUCAUUCAUUGUUACAUUUGAUUUUAAUCAUGUUUAAGUCGCAACUUAUCAACUAAUAAUGCGAUUUGUGCUUAAAAGCGAUUUACUGUUACAGUAAUCUUGUGCCUUUGGUUUAUUGUUAUUUCCAAGUAUUUAACAGGCUUUUUGUUAAAAUUGUCCUGUGUAAGUGCGUCAGCAACGUCAAUUUGUGGUUUCAUCAAAAUUAAUUUGACCGUCAUAGCUCUUCACUCCCAUCUUAUUAUCAUUGUGGAAUCUACAUAAAUAAAUCUGAUUUAGUUAUGAAAACACUUUCCAAACUUACCUGAAGAUCUGUUCAGUUGGAAAUCUGAUGUUUUGCAAAACAACCUUGAAUUGGAAAACACUUUUAUCAAAUAUUCUUGUCCAUUUUUAACUUUUUUUCGUAUGUUUAUUGUAAAUUGAAUGACAAUUUUCUUAUUAAGUAGCUAGUUUUUAUCAACUUUUUACCAUAUAAACCGGUUCUUUUGAUUCAUUCGAUAGCCAUCUUAUCCAGAGAAAAUUUGAACUGCAAUCAACGGUUAUUAAACCACGUAAACUUAUUUCAGUUUUACAUUAAUUCACCAAACCGGUUCUUUUUACUUUUCUUUUUACUUUUGUAUCUAUCUGGUUCAUUUUAAAAGAAAACCAAGAUUGAUUCAGGAAAGAACCAGUGAAGCAUAUCGUGUUACUUACCAAAAGACGUUUGUCAAAAAAUUCAUUUCAUCAAAUCAAUAUUAACCACGUAAAUUUUUGGUUUCACCAUCAUCUGCAUCAAGCUCAACUUUGAUAAAAAGGACAUUUACUGCAACCCUUUCCAGUGAAUACUAAUUUUAAGUUUAAAUUUUACGUUUUCACUUUAAAUGUGGCUGGUUAAGAAUCGCUCUACUCUUAGUCCUCAUUACUAUAACGAUGAAGUUACUUCACUAACGACAGAAGCCUCAACAUAUUCUGGAUCAUCUGAUUACCAAGUUAUUGACGAGAUGAUUAAACCACCUACUCAAUGUGAAUUGGUUUCCCGUGGAAUUCAAACUAUAGAUAAAAGAGGAGCUAAUUAUGAAAACAAGAUCAAAACAAAAUCCUCAACAACUAAAAAUUAUGAAACCUUGUUUGGUGCUGAAAUCGGUCCAAACGCUGGAUUGAUAGCAGAUUUUUCUGGAGCCAUAUUACGGGAUAUGAUCAUCUCUGGACGUUUGUACAUAUCUUCAAGUCACUUGUGUUUUUAUGGAUCACUUUUGAAAUGGGAAACUAAAAUUGUGAUUCCACUGAAGGAAAUAUCAUCAAUCGUUAAAGCUAAAACAAUAAAAGUGAUUCCUAAUGCAAUUCAAGUUGUCACAAGAACUGGAGAUAAAUAUUUAUUUACUUCUCUAGUCUCUCGUCAGAAAGUUUACUCGACUCUGGUCUCAGCUUGGACUGCUAAUUUAUCAAGACGUUUGACUAAUUGUGAUACAAAUAACAACAAGACAUCAGUGGACCCCUCUAUUCGGAAAUGUUACUCAAAUCUAGAAUCAGGAUCAAAGCGUAUAAAUGAUAACUCAAAAGAGAUGAAAUGCUCUACCAAGUCAAACAGAAAAUACUUUUCAACUGGAGAUUUAGCUGACAUCAAUGAUACUAGGAAACCAUGUUCAAAAGUAGAAGAAAUAAUUGCAGAUGAAUCUCCUAAAUUUUGCAAACCUUUACGAGAUCCAUCAUCAUGUCCCUAUCAAGAAUCAAAAUGCCUAGCUGAUGUUGUUUUACCUAUUAAUUUGGAUCGAUUAUUCGAUAUGCUUUUUACUAAUUCACAUUUCGCCUCUACUUUCGCUGAGAGCUUAAAACACGAGAUCAAUAUAACCAGAGAAUGGUGUACUCCUAGUGAAAGCGAUUUAAAGGAAUCUGACAAGCCAAUCAUUGGAGUAAGGCAAUUCAGUCGACAAAUGGUACUGGACUAUACAUUUGCCAAAAACAUGUCAAGCGAAGAAACAAUGUAUCUUGAACAUUUAGAUUCAUCAAAUUAUUAUGGAAUCAGAUUGGUUUCUGAAUCUGCAGGAGUUCCUUUAUGCUCAUUGUUUUAUGUAGUUAAUUACUUUUGUCUACAUAGAACUGCUAAUCCAGCUGAGACACAUUUCCAUUUCCAUUAUAAAUUAGUUUUUAAAUCAAGAGCCUGGGGAUUCAAGUCUUUGAUUGAAGAUGGAUCCAGAAAAGGUUGUCAAGAUUAUUGUGAUGCUUGGAUUAAAAUGAUGAAAAAAUGGUCAACUGAUUAUCCUGAAUCUGUUAGUAAAAUUGGUUUAUCCUCGCAAUUAAAAAUGUUUUGCCAAGACGAUUCCUUCAUCGACUCUAAUCAAAAUUUAAAUAGUCAACCCUUAAUACACGCUACGCAGCCCGUUGCUCAACUAAGUCUCCAAACUAAUGCUGCUCAGCAAUCCAAUGUAAGCUCGACGGCAUCUAAUCAAUGUGAUUCUAAUAGUCUUUCAUCAUUAUCAUCGGCGAUGCCAGAAAAAUCUACUUAUAAAGCAUCCAGCUCUGUCAGUUGUUCAAACUGUAAAUCUUGUGAUGACUCUCAUGUAAAUGAUGUAAUGAAAAACUUGAAACCAUUCAUUGUUUUUCUAUUAUUGUUAACUAUAAUCAAUCUUUCUCUAUUGUUGGUAUUAAUCAACAAUCGUGCUAUUUCUUCGUGUCCAUCUAAUCAAGUCUCGUCUCCAGCUCUGAUUGGUCUAUCAACUGCAGAUGAAACAUUUGAAUCCUUAUCAAAUUAUGCCUAUCCAUCUUUGGGAUGCCAUGGAUGAUGUUCAAAUUUAGAUCCGAAAAAAUAUAAUUUUAAUGGAGAAACUCAUUACCAAAAUUCAUGGUUUUAGGUUUUAUCUAAUUGUUACAUUUUUCAAUUUGUAUUUGCAAUUUUCUCUUCUCAAUUCACCAUAUUAUCAUGCAAUGUAAUAUUAUUACAAUGUUUCUUAAAUUAAAUUGUUUUGCUGUUA